UGAUCCAUUCAGUGAUUCACGAAAUCUCGUAGCGUAAGGGACUAGGUGAUUUAAACCACGCCGCCGCUGCUGUGCUUGACGUCCAGCUGCAGAAGUGGACGAUAAGGGGAACUGGACGUCAAUAACUACCCUUGUGUGCUUACCUCUUAUCUUAUAUCUUCCACUCGCUGCAACGCUAAGUUUGUUCAACAACUGAACAGCUGGAGUACAACAAGCUUGGUUGAGGUGGACAUAGACUGCAAACAAGAGCCAUUAAGGUGAGGCAGAGAACAUUUUUUUCAAGUAUUGUGCAUGAUAAGACACUGUCGACUGGUUUCCACAAGUAGACAGGACAAAACUAGACCACUCUAAUGGCCAAUUGACAAGUUGAAUGGCCAGAUCCAAGAGGUGGAACUCGAGCUAACAAGCACACGGCAAUUGGUGGUUGCAACUAGAUCGCCAGCCCCAAGCGCCCCGUGCCCAGCGCCCCGUGCCCGUGGCAGCUUCUUCCAUCACGUCCAGAUGCGAGCUUGACGCCCGUCCGCUGCCUGCAAGAACGACAAUGACGCCACCAGUCACUAGAUGGCUCUGCCUGCACCUCGUGCUCCUGCUGACCCAGGGUGUGAGAUGUCAGCUGAGUGUUGGCGGCGUAGACUCCUUCCUCGUUGACGACUUGGACGCAACUGCUGGUGCAGCCGAAAUUAAUAUUAACGAUCUUGUAAAUACUACUGAUGCUGAGGUGGCUCAAGAUGCUGGCAAUUAUAGCUCGGUCACAUCAGUUGGUGAUCCUGCAGCAGCCACAAACAAGUCUCAAGAGGAAACUACCCUGCCCGACUUCGAUGACGACCUAGCAGAUGGGCUAGAAGUGACGACAGAGUUCGGUGGUCUUUCUAACGACGAAUUCAACAAGAGAACAGGAGCUAUGGAUUACGAGUAUUCCACUGGUCUCGAAAGGAAGAUUGAUGAUAGAGAAACUGGAGGUGCAACUUCGGCCAUACCCCAACUGACACGUCGCAUUGUGUUCUCUGGAGGAGACACACUCACACCAACUGUGCCGGAGCCAUCCGUGGCAUUUACUCGUCCAUCAUCAGUGGUUCGAGUCCUCUCAGAUGAUGACAGAGACAUGUGGUUGCCUAAUUGGCCCUCACAGCUUUUAGACAAUGACAGUAGACCAGCACGAAGACCAACAAUAAGAUUUCCAACUGAUCCUCUGCCAUCUGUCUUCCCCCUUGCUCCAGCCUCGUCUGUCAUCACACCAGUUCCUUCUAUUGUACCAUCAUUUACUGUGAGCAAGGUGCCAGUAACACAGUAUUUCUUUGAUCUGACUUCAGUUGCUCCAACACCUGUUCCAGGACCUCUGUUUGAUCAAGAUGACCUAAGUACCCCUGUGUCGGCAAUGCCUUCUGGUCGACCUGAUCUCAGCCGACCGGUCAUUGACCUGUCAUCAAGCAUUUCAGAUCUUCAGUCCAGUGCUCUCAUCGAAGCUGCAAGACCAUUUUCCGUCACUCCUUCACUGUUUGAUUCACAUUCAUCAGUGAUGACCAAGGCCGAAGUUAACUUCUCAUCUCAUACCUUAGCUGCUACUCCCGUCUUGGACCUGGUUCCUAAUUUUCCUUCUACUUCUACUGUACUUAAUGGGACGGCAGAGGGUGAAGUUGUUGUUAAUAAUGUAGAUGGUAAAUUGAAUACUAACAACGUAACAUUUGUAACUGAGGAAGUCCAAGACCUUGAACCGGAAACCACAGGACUAAAGCCUCCGAUGGAUCACCCAACUUCUCCUGGAGAUGACAUUGAAUCCACAACAGCGGGUGAAGUUCCAGUUGAUGAAUCCUUUGCUGACCCCGAUGUAGUGGUACCAGGUAUAGAUGAACUACAGCUUGUCUCUUCAGCCACAACCUCUGCUCCUGCUCCAUUUAGUGAGCUAGUGAGAACUACGAGAACAAAUGCCCUGGGUAGUGUAAAGCCUACUUUUAUACGUACUUCGCAGGCUGCAAAUUCCUCUAGAACCCCUUUGUGGAUGCUUUUAUCGCAAUCAUCGCCUUCUCGAACUGUAAAUACACAGCUAUUAAGCACGCAACCAAAAACUUCAGCUGCUAUUACCCCAGCUACCAAUACCAUAACUGCUUUUACCACUUCCCCAUCUCUCAUUGAUGAAAACAUAAAUGAGCCCAUAGAAUCCGAAGCCUCCCCAACUCCUGCCCUCGUGCCCUCCACGCUCAGUGUUGAGGAGCUGCCCGAGACUCUUGUGCCGUCUUUAACAGUUUCUCUAGAUGAUUUUAGUGCCGAAUAUGAAAGUGAUCAUCCAAGUCCUGUCCUUGCCACUCACUCGCCUUCAGAUGCAAUAGAUAUCACUCCCAGUGUUACAGCGUUAGUGUCUAUCAUUCCCACAGUAGGCAGUACAGAAUCCACCACUUCAGAUACUCCCAAUGAGAUAUUAGAAAUAACCCCAGAUAUUGAUUUAUCAAAGGAUAUUUUAAGUGAUACUUUAAGCAUAGACAAAGAGUUUUCUAAAAGUAAAUCGCCAGACACUUCAGACACAAUCCUCCAGUCAUUAUCUGUGGCCAGGACGACUGAAGUUAACAGUGUAACAGCUGUAACUGGCAGUGCCACUUGGACUCCUGUUUUGGACCCAGCCGAAGACACUGGCCAAAGUGUGUCGGUAACCUUACCCUCUACUAUGAUACCUAUCACUUCAAAUGUUUCUCCAGUAUCCCCAGAAAUGACAGGUGGUUUUACACCAAUCAAAAGUAAUACCAUUCAACCUGGUAUCUUAAUUCAUACUGAAGUAUGGCCUGAGACUAAUAGCAUUCCUUCUCCAACUUCUCUCACUGCAGUAGAUGAAAGCACUGCUACACUCUUUGCACUGUUUGAUGCUUCCAACACAAUGUCUGCACCCUCAACUUCUGUCCCUGAUUUCUUUACUGCCACCACUGUGCAAGAAACUGGUCUCGAGUCAGACAGUGUCAUGCCCAGUGAACAUUUGUUUGUAGAUGAGUAUUUAAUCUCUAGUGUUAUUGUUAAGGAUGAAGAUGAAUCUUCUCCUGUUACCUCCCCCACAACAUUUUACACUUCACUGAAAGAUGAAAUUGAAUUAUCUCCUAUUGCUUUCCCAACGACAAUUCAUACCUCAUUGACGGACGAAAUGGAUUCUUCUCAUAUUGCUUCCCCAACGACAAUUCACACCUCAGAGGUUGAAUUAGAAUCUUCUGUUACUUUCCCCACGACAAUUCACACCUCAUUGAAGGAUGAAAUAGAAUCAUCUCCUUUUGCUUUCCCCACGACAAUUCGCACCUCACUGAAGGAUGAAACUGAUUCUUCUAUUGAUUUCCCCAUGACAAUUCUCACCUCAUUAGAAAAUGAAGUUACUUCGAUACCCCUGGCACCAACAUUCACAGAAUCUAUACCAACUUCUUCAACUGGUUCUACUGUAUCUGAUGGAGAAUCAGUGGCGGAGGAGACCACCCAUGAGCCAACUAUUAUAGUUACAGAAAAACUACCUUCUUCCCCUACUGUGUAUAUACCAGAAAUAUUGCCAAGCUCUUCUGGUAAGACUAUUUUAGCUACCCCCUCAACAACAGACAUUGCAAACAUAUCAUCAGUCCCAUCACUACCCACCAUCAUACUAGAGUCCUCAGAGUCUGCGGUUCCUCAUGAUGUCCCCAUGUCCUCAGCAUCUGUAGCCACUCUCCCUACUGCCUCUGCUGGCUCUAACUUGGACUCACGAAUCUUGGUUGCCCCGACAGCCACAGGUGAAACCACCGAGAGCUCUACACACGUCAUAGAUCCAGAAGAACCUCCUGCUGCUGAGGGUGCUGAAGAUGGUACACAUGGAGAACUUCCUGAGAAAGAAGCAGCAGCAGAAAUUGAGAAUCCAUCAUCUUCCUCAUCAACUAUCAGCAUUCCCGCACCUGUAAUGGUUACAACUCCAACAUAUACUACCUCUGCAACAAAGAAAAGUACAACCAAAGUUACAGCCCCUCGAACCACAUCCACCUCACCAGUUUCUACAACACUUUCAAGUGAAGUUCCCACCUUUAUAGACCCAACUGAGACAACACCAUCCCUUACAACAAUGGAGACACUUCUAAAUGGUACUGUGGUAAAGCGUCGCUUGCCCUUCAUCAGGGCCCUUGUAGCUUACAGUAGUAUGGAGUUCUGUCAACACAAGAACAACUUCCGUUCCUUGUUUGCACAGUGGCUCAGUCGGCAUCUGCAUGGAAAAGUCAGGCAUGUGGAACCUCAUGAUAUCGAGUUCUUCAGCAAGCCAGAUUGUGCCAUAAGUAAACCACUUACCGAAGAUCGUAUAAACCGUAAUCGUCCUCAACCUGAAACAGAUGAAAAACUUCCCAGCUUAGUAGAUAAUGAAAAAACAAAUGUUUACUUCUAUGUGACAAGUGCUGGCAAAAUUAACCCUAAUUUAACUAAACAAUUUCCACUUUUCCCAAUGGAUCUUGAAAUUAGUAAAAACUUGACAUAUUUGAUAUCAAAGGUGUCACAGUUGGAAGUAAUGACAGCCAAGGAUGACCUUGUUGGUCCGAUAAUUACUGACCCGCUGCACGAAAAGGCUGCUGCAGUUGGUACCUCCAUCAUUGUAAUCAUUGUUGUCUGCAGCAUUGUUGGGGUUACCAUUAUUGUGGCACUUCUCUUCUUUAGCUGUCCUUAUGUUUUUAAGAUGGUUGUGAAGAGACGAGGUGCUACUAACAACUAUUAUGGACGCCGCUGCACACCUGUGAGCAUGGAUGCAUACAGUAUGGACAGUGUUUCUGUAUACCGUUCCUUCAGGCGCAAGAGCAAGAGACGAGCUUCUGGAAGAUCUGUCAAGUCUUACUUAAAUCAGGCCUUUGAUGAUCCAAAUGGCCCCACACGUCUCCUAAACUUUGCCAAGCUGACGCAUUUCAUCUCUGACAUUGAUGGGGUAUAUGAAGAAUUUGGAACUAUUCCUGUUAAUAUGCCCAAGUAUGAUGAAUUACCAUCAGGUGUAGAGGAUAAAAACAGAUAUGCAAAUGUGAUACCAGUGCCAGAAACAAGAGUUCUUCUAAAACAAUUGAAGGAUUCCCGAAACUCGGAAUACAUCAAUGCAAACUAUGUGCGAGGUGCCAGAAAUGAAUCCAAGUACUAUAUUGCAACACAAGCUCCCUUGGACGAUACUGUAGCAGACUUCUGGAGAAUGAUUUGGGAGCAGGAAACGAAGGUGGUGGUAAUGCUGACAGAUUUUGUAGAGAAAGGAAUUGACAAGUGUGCAGACUACCUUCCGCCCUCAGAAACAUUGGACUGCCAUAGAUUAUAUGGUGAUUUCCAGGUAACACUCAAGUCUCGAGAUAUGAGGGAAAAGUUUGUGGUGUCAAAUGUUCAACUCAAGAACCUGGAGAAUAACCUAGUUCGUGAGGUGGCCCACAUGUGGUUUACUGGAUGGCCAGCAUCUGGUGUACCCAAUGAGGAGACGGCAUUUAUAUCUUUUAUUCUUGACGUGAGGAGGACACGUAAAAAGCUCAGAGCCAAAGGGCCUAUAGUUAUACAUUGCAGUCCAGGAACUGGUCGUACGGGUACAUUGUUGGCAUGUGACAUUGUUAUGCGACAAUUUGAAGACCAGCGCAGUGUAGAUGUUCCUAGGACAGUGUACUCCAUUAGAAGAGAUCGAGCAGGUGCUGUUCAGACUAAGGAGCAGUAUGCAUUUAUCUACAGAGUAAUCAACUUUUAUGCAUCUAAGCUUACAUCAGGCAACCUGGAUUCCCUUUAGUGAUCAUGCAAACCAUUUAAUUACCUUUCUCCAUAUACAGUACUGUACAUAUUUGGUAUAGAGUAACAUGUGGCUAUCUUUUCUAUUCAUGUUGCAUUUUAAAUUUCAGUACUUGAUAAAUUUAUAUAGGGCACACGGAUUAAUAUGCGAUUUAGCAUGUGCCUUUUAUUACCAAAAAGUGCAAUACAAGUCGUAUUACUCAAAUGACCUGUUAUGCAUUUCAUUCAAUAUAUUUUAUAAAAAUAUUACAGUACACAUGUACAUAUCAUAUCAUAUAUACCACUUUAGUGUCAUGAUUAUAGGGUUUUAUUACGGUCGCAUUCAUGUGUGACUCCUGGAAAUUAGACAGUCAUGUACAAAGAAGGAUUAAAGGCCUCUAUUGGUAAAAUAUUUAUCGUGCUUUUUUAUAAAACUUAAUAUGUUGUAGUUUUUUAAAUUUAUAUUACAAAUUUAGUUUUAAUCUUGUAUCUCUAUAAAUAUAUAGUAUUUUCUUAGACUGAAAUUUUGUAUAGUGUAUUUAACAUUUUUAUUACAUCCAGAAUUUUCUUGACAGCAUUUGUAAGAGUGUAAGUAAAUGCAAUCCAUUUUUAAUCAAACCAAUGGGUAGUGAAAUGUUCUCAUGGAUAUUUGCCUCAUUUAUUAUGAUGGAAUUGAAUUUGGCCAUGAAACAAUGAACCUGAUGAUAUUGAAAUGGUUAUAAGAGCAAAGAAAUUUAACAAUAUACAAGUUAUGUGACAAGUGGCUGUUUCCAUUCAUUUUCAUAUUUAUUUUCAUUUCUUAACAUGGCAUAUUCAUUUCCAUAUAUUGUAAGUCUUGUUAUUGUGUUC